GCAAAGGAAUAGCUUUUGUAGAUUCUGUAUUUCACACAUCAGUAGAAUGUAAAUUUUCAAAAUUUCUUGUUUAAGAGAUUUUUUGUUUCCAAAAUGCCUUCCUAUUGAAUCGGUUUUCAUGAAUUAAAUAAAAAAUUCGGUAAGAAGUCACAUUUUUUUUCGAGAAUUGAGGCGAACCUAGCCACCUUUUGAAGCUCCCUUGGGCCCACCGAAAAUACUUGAUAUACUUUCAACAAAUUUAGCCUCUAAGAUAAAAUCGUAAUGCGUAAUGCGUAAUGCGUAUGCGUAAAAGCGUAAUGCGAAAGGUAAUUGGACAAUGAACAUAUUCUGGUGGAUGGCUGUUGAUUCAACAUUGUCUGCCAUUGUACAUGCUACGACUAUCAAUCGAAAUCGGAACACAAUCUGAGCCCAAGUGGCAACUACUGAACCACGUGUACAUAUAUGGACAGCAGAAUGAGGCUUUUCGUGGUAUUGGCAGCUGUGCUGCAGGUCGUUCUUGGUGGUGUGCAGGUUUCUAUGCCGUACCCGAAUCCAGCUGGAGUCACCUACGUUGGUUAUUCAGGACACCAUGCACCUUUGUCUUAUGCAGCUGGUGCUCAAUUGGUUCAAGCUCCAGCCCCUUUGCAAUAUGCUGCUCAACUUCAAUACCAACAUGCUGAAGCAAUUCCAGCCCAAAUUGAGGCACAUCAUGUUGGUUAUGCAUCUGCUCAAGUACCAGCUGUUGCUGCAGUUCCUUUUGUCAAACACAUUCCAACUGUGUCUCAAAUACCAGUUACCCGAUACGAAGCUCAUCAUGCUCUGAUUGAAAAGCAAGUUGAUGUCCUCAAACCUGCUGUUUCCACUCGUAAAUUCGAAGUGCGUCGUCCAGCGAUACAGAAGCAGUUUUACGACAUUGAGGAGACCGUCCGUGUUCGGCCAGCAGGAUCAGCUUUGGUAGAAUUAGAUGAACCCACUUCGAAAUUACAGAGAGGACCAACUGUCGUCCAACCUUUGGCCGAAGGUUCUUUGCCUAUCGCUCAUCAUUCUUAUGUCCAUGGUAGCACUGACGGACAGAUUUCCUUUGCACCAAGCUCAAUUCCCGUUGUUGCACAUGCCCCUGUUCACAUCAAUGUGUCUCCAGUCCUUUCUCAUGCACCAAUUCAAGGAAGACCAGCACCAAUCUUCUACCCCUCCUCUACACCUGCACCAAGCUUCGUCCCCUCCUCUACACCUGCACCUUCUCCUUUGUCUUCAACGCCCUCUAGCCUUGAAGAGGAAAGUGUUGUUGUCGAGAACGCAGAUUUCCGCAGUGGACAAUUCUCCAAUUCUCAACAAUUCGCUUCUUCUCAACAAUUUGCCUCUUCUCAACAAUUAGCAGAUUCUCAGCAAUUAGCAGGUUCUCAACAAUUAGCUGAUUCUCAGCAAUUAGCAGAUUCUCAACAAUUCGCCAAUGCUCAACGGAUUGCCAAUUCCCAACAAUUAACUGAUUCUCAACAAUUAGCCGAUUCUCAACAAUUCGCCAAUGCUCAGCGGUUUGCCAAUUCCCAACAAUUAGCUGAUUCUCAACAAUUAGCCGAUUCUCAACAAUUUGCCAAUGCUCAACAGUUCGCCAAUUCCCAACAAUUCGCUAAUUCACAACAGCUUGCCAGUUCUCAAAGAAUUGCCGGCUCUCAACAAUUUUAUAAUUCUCAGCAAUUAUCUCUUGCUCGACAGAUUGCUAAUUCUCAACAGUUGUCCAAUUCUCAACAAUUUGAGAACUCUCAACAAUUUGAUCUUUCCCGACAAAAUGAAAAUGCUCCUCUAUUUGGUGCUCGAUUGAGUGCUAUUCAACAGCAAACGCAGAAUCGUGAUGCUCAAAUUCGUGAUUCACAAGCACGUAGCUCACAAAUUGAUACUGCUCAGUCCCAGUUCCAGCAGGCACAACUCAGAGACGCGAUAGCCUUCAGACAACACCAAGAACAACAGGAAGAACAGUUCCAGAGUCUUCUGCAAAACGCACGUUCUGCUCAGGAAAGUACCAGAAUUAAUCCGAAGCCACAAGUAGUUGCUCGAUCUAAUGGAGCUCCACAAGAAACCCUUGCCAGAUUUUCUCAAGAAUCGUCUACUGUUCCAAGUAUUCGCAAUAGCCCAGAGGAAAGCAUUGCCAACCAAAAAAGACUCAUCGAUCUUCUUACAGCUCGGGGUGGAGUUACGGAAGUUGGAUUCGGUAGCGAAAAAUCAGCUUCUCUCGUAGGAGAUGCCGGUAAUGUUCGUGCUCGAGUUCUUUCAGCCACCCCAGCUCCUGAUAAUGCUGAACCAACUGGCGAGCGCGUGUCAACUCGUCGUGUGGUUGUAAGUCGUCCAAUUGAGACACUCCAAGAAAUCGAUGUCGUAGAACCCGCAGCAAAAUACCAACGCGUUUCUAUUCAACAUCCCACUCUCAUUAAGACUGCUCACUUAGAUCAUGUACAAGUUCACGGCUCGGUCCCAGUCAUUGGAAAGGCGCUUGCACCAGCAGUCGCCGAAGCUUCCGUACCUAUUUUCCAAAAAACAAUCUCUCCAGCAUACAGUUACUACAAAUAAAAUAAGUAACUAUCUUGGAAACUGAUGUUUUCCUAUUAAAUCUGACGAUCGAAUAAAAAUCGUUAACACAUUGUGAAUUCGUGAUUUGUACAUAUAUGCCCUUAGAGAUAACAAACAGGAUUGGCUUUAGUUUCAUUUUAUGAUGCAUAUUUUUCACAUAUUGAAAUUAGCUGAUAGAUUCAAAGUAUGUGGGAUUAUGUUCGCUUCACUUAUAAUCAUUUUACUUCUCCGAUUACUAAUAUUUUCGUAGAGAUUCAUUAUUAUAUAUCAUAAUCUACUUAGAAUAUUUAGUUCAUUGUACAUGUGUAGGAAUAAAUUUCUCAUGUAUCAGAAUUCAUACACAAAUAUUAUAUCAUUAUUAAAGUUUUUUCCAAUUUUAUUAUUACUUCUUCUAUUUUUCAUAGAAUUAUUAAAGGGGAAUGGUAUCUUUCUUACAUAUUUAGAGUUUGGCUGACUUGGACGGCCGUAACUACUUGAGAUAUGUUCUCGCGAACGGCCGCCAAAAAAAGACGAGAAGCACUGUCUUAUUCGUCCAUAUUAAAUAUUCAAAGAUCAAAAUUUAACUUAAAAAUGAUGUUUUGUCCAAUAAAUAAGAUUAAACAAAAAGGCAGAAUAUAUUAUCGGCGGGUGAAAGGUAGGACAUGGGAAGAUAAUAUAGAUCAAGGUCGAAAUAUGUGUGAUGUUCAUUUUUCCUGUUAAUUUAUGCUGUACUGAUGUCUGUAACUAAUUGGA